GUCUCGCGGUCUCCCGACGAAAUUACUCCCCCUCCCAUCCCUAGCUCAUCAGGCGCCGAGGGUUCUUCUCCCCCUUUGAAUAACAAGGUCACUUCUCAGGUUCUCGUGAACUCACCAGAAGCAAGAAAGAGCACUAUCGAACUCCCACAACCCAAAAAGGAUCUACCGGGUAGUGGUUAUGUGAAUGGGAUUUGGCCUAUCCUCCCUAAAUAUAUUAGGCGAUGGGACAAGCCACCCUACAUCCCGAUGGCGCACAUACCCAUUCCAGCAGGCUCCUUGGGUAUGCGAACUCUGAACAACAGACUCCCUAACGGCUGGACCAUGCACGUACAUCCCGAAGGAAAACCCUAUUAUCACAGAGCUGCCAAGAGUGUAGAUCACUCUCUUCUUUUCGGGCAGACACAUAAAUACAAGGAAGAUACGCCCCUGUGCAAGCCACUAGGAAUCUUUACGGACAGUGAUCCUCGAAUCUACUCGGUUAGGAAGACGCUUGAAUACGCAUACUAUGUCGUAUGUAAGGAGAUUGCCGCCUGUAGGAUUGAGCUCCCUCAGGAAGUGGACCUAUUCCUCGAGCUAGGGAUGGGAGGGGGA